AGGUUGAUCCACAAUCGGUCAAUGUAGAUGUCUCCCAGGAAGAAAUCCCAAAAUGUAUUAUAAAUUCCAAGAUAGAAAGACCAGUGGAAGAAGAAUCUUCCUCGAAAAUAGCUACUGAAUUCGUGCAAGCAAAUAGUGCAAGAAAUAGAUCGAUCACAAUAAAGAGAGCAGAAAUAACAGCUUGGUAUUUAUUCUCUGAAAGGUUCGAAAAUAAAGUAGUGGAGCUUAGAUCUAAUGAUAAAAAACUUAUGGAUCAGACUGCAAGAAAGCAGAUCUAUAAUAAAAUGAAGCUGUAUCUCACAGGUAUUUUGAAUGAAUAUUUACGCAAAAUGACCUCUAAGGCAAGAAAAAUAAAUAAGUUAUUUGGGUUUGAAUAUGAUCCUAUAACUCUGAAAAAGAUUGAUGGUAUACCUGGUUAUAUGGUUCAACGGGUCAUCUGUAGCGCUGACAAAAUUUCAAGGCUCACUAAUCCUCAAAUCGAAUAUAUUAUAGAACAGGUCAAAUCGAAGAGAAUCAUUGAUCAGAGUUAUGAGAAUGAAAUCGCCUCAACCGUAGUAAUACAUCAGCUAAUGACCUCUCAGAUGAUAAUUUUAGUGACACAUCUGAUAUUACAGAUUAUUUUAAGGAAGAAGGAGCGAUUGAGAAGGAUUCUAAAAAGUCUGGAAUAA